GCAGGGGGAGAGGUCAGACUUCCGUGCCUGGGACUUCCAUACCAUGGCUGAGAGUACCACGUGUGAUGGAACUUCUGCAGGGCUGGGGCUGACCAAACCCUUCAAGGAGAUCCUCUGGGAAUGAAGGACCUGAGGCAAAGCAUAUUCCAGUAUGCUUAAGCUGUGUGGACUUCAAAUUCUGCUUGUCAUUCACUCGGCUACGUGCUUUAAUCUGGGAGACCUGCAUGUGACUGGGCCUCUGAAGGACAUGAAUUUCUCUAUUCCAGAAGGAGGGGGUGUGCGCAUCCUUUACCAGUUCACAUCUGAGCCACCUGCUGUGAGAUUCAGAUUGUCUGGUGAUAAAGAUGGAAUAAUAGACAUUGCGCCGGAGAAGGGCAUCCUGUAUCUCAAUGGGUCCCUGGAUUGGGAGACCAAACCAGUGCACAAUCUGGAGGUGGAAAGUCUGGAUGUAAAUGAAAAUGUAGUGAAUGGUCCAUAUGCUGUUACAAUAUAUGUGGAGGACAUCAAUGACAACCCACCAGAAUUUAACCAGACAUCAUAUGCUGGAGUAGUGAGGCAGAACUCCCGUCCUGGCAAACCUUUCAUGUAUGUCUAUGCCACUGAUCGCGAUAAUCCUGCAACUCCCCAUGCACAGCUGACGUACAGUAUUCUCCAUCAUUUUCCCAACCCUUAUGAAGAAAUGCUUUUCCAGAUUGAUAGUAAAACUGGAGCCAUCUCACCGAGUAAGACGGGCUCUUAUUACUUAGAUCCUCAAAAGCAGAACAACUUCCUACUUGUUGUUUCCGUGAAGGACAUGGCAGGAAUGACAACAAACGCUUUCACCAGCAGUGCUGAUGUGGUUAUCUCUGUAAUGGAGAGCCUGUGGAAAGCUCCCUCCACCAUCCGCAUCCAAGAAAACUCAACCCAGGUCCAUCCUGUCAACAUCAGCCAGGUGCAGUCAAAUGAGAUAGGUGCAAUUUAUGACAUUUUUGAAAAAGAAAAGCUGCCCAGGCUCCCAUUUUCCAUCAGUCAGGAUGGGGUUAUUUAUGUGACCGAACCAUUGGACAGAGAAGAAAAGGAUGCUUAUACAUUCUUUGUGGUCGCAAAAGAUAACCAGGGAGAAUUGGUAGACAAGCCUUUGCAAAUUCAUAUUAUUGUGGAAGACAUUAAUGACAAUCCCCCUGUGUGCCAGCAGGCCCUCACUGUAAUUGAAGUUCAAGAAAAUGAAGUUGGAGCAAGCACUAUCGGCACCGUCUUUGCUACAGACAUGGAUGAGAAGGACACCCUUAACUCUUACCUGCGGUUCAAAAUCAAAAGUCAGGUUCCUGAAGUUCCUGCAAGUAAUUUGUUUUAUAUUCAGCAAGAAACUGGAAUUUUGCAGUUAACUGGCCGUUCCUUAAGCAAGAUCUAUGCAUCCAACUAUUCCUUGGAGGUGCUGGUGACAGAUGGAGCAUUUGAAACAAUCUGUGACGUGGAAGUACAUGUCAUUGACACCAAUGAUCAAAUUCCCAUCUUUGAAAAAUCAGAUUAUGGCAGUGUGACCAUUGCAGAAAGUGUCCCAGUAGGAACUGUGAUAUUAGAAAUUCAAGCUAACGAUGGAGAUGAGCCUGCCACAGGGAGCUCCCUCAUCAUCUACCAAGUGAAGGAAGGAGAUCCAAACAACACAUUCAUCAUAGAGACAGAUGCUGAAACAAAUAGAGGGUUUGUCAAGAUUAACAAGGCGCUUGAUUUUGAAACAAUGCCAAUGUACAACCUGGUGAUCAACGCCACAAACCCUGAACCGCUGGUGCAAGGCGUGCAGUACAACUCAAGUUCCCUUACCUUGUUCAAAGUUUUCUUAACAAAUGUGGAUGAGCCACCCGUUUUCCUCAAGCCAGUUUACAAAGAAGAAGUACCUGAAAACAUUUCUGUCAAUACUCUGCUCAUGACUGUGGAGGCCUAUGAUCCUGAGGGGGAUUCUGUACGAUACUCCUUAGAAGGUGAUGUGAAGAAAUGGCUGAAAAUUGAUUCAACCACUGGGCGGGUAUACAGUGCUUCCCGUUUGGACAGAGAGGAAACAGAAAUGUACACAAUAGACGUUGUUGCAACAGAGCUGAAUAACCCUGCUCAGAAAUCCAGAGCAUCCUUGAUUCUACACUUACAAGAUGUGAACGACAACCUUCCAUAUUUAGCUAAGGAUAACCCUGCUUUCUUCUGCUACCCGGUCAGGGGAGGAGAGAAAACUCUUCUUCAAGCUACUGAUGCUGAUGAACAGUGGUUUUAUUCAAAAUUUACUUUUUCUCUUCCGGAUGAUAUGGAUACAAGAAAAAAUUGGGAAAUCUCAAAAGUCAAUGCUACUCAUGCUUACCUCUCUCCAAAACAUCCUAACUUUGAGGAGAAGACGUAUAAUGUUCCAAUAAUACUUAAUGACAAUGGAAACCCACCUUUGCAAAACAAAGUGAAUCUUAAAGUAAACAUCUGCAAGUGUUCAAUUGAAAAGUCAUGUUUUAUUGAAGUAGAGCGUGAGCACUCCUGGCCAACCGUUGGGCAGGCAGUUGGGAUUCUACUUGGGGUCCUGCUCAUCAUUGGUGCCAUUAUAGGGGGCGUAUUUUUCCACAUGAAAUACAAAGAGAAACAUGAAAAGAGUCACCAAAAAGAUGCAAAAGAUAGCGCUGAACUCAACAGACUGACUUAAAGACUGUUUCAUCAAGUGACAAAAUGUGGCAAAAAUGCCCUCUGGGUUGUGAGUAAGUAAACUUCACUGCUCCCAAAGCCCAGAAGUGUACUGUCACAAACUGAAUAGCAGUUCAGGUAAUAAAGUCCUGCACUGCAUUUGAAGAUGUCCCAUGAAAUUAUAUGAAAUUACCUGACUCUCAGCAAAGGAGGUCCCAAACAUAUUGCAAUCUGUAAUCUGUCCCGGGUCAUGCCUGCUUACAUUAUGCUGAAUUUGUACUCACUAUGUGACAUUUCAGUUUUUCAUUUUUGAUAUCCAAGGAGUAGAACCAGUUUGUAAAGCACCAUGGCCUUUCAUUACAGUUUCCAAUUUAGAAAAAAAAGACUAUGCCAAGUCAUGUGGAGUUAGGUAAUAUGCUGCAAGUAUUGUAUCAUACUGCUGCAAAUAUUGCUCUUGCCCCCUACACAUUAGACAAGAAUAAAAAUUUUCUUUAAAGGUU